AUGGACGAUAAAAUUAAAUCCACCGCACUAAAUACCAGCUCAUCUGAGAUUAAAGAGGUCCAACAGAUUACACGAAUGGAAGACCAUGUAAAUGUGACUGAAGAAAAAAAGCUUGUUAGUGUUGUUAAAGUAAUUAAGCUCAUGAAUUAUUUUUCACUCUUAACUAAUACAAUAACUCAUAUAAAGUCCGACGUUAGCGAAAAAAAUUAUGACGAAAAUAUCUUAAUCUGGGAGAAAACUGUAAGUGUUCACCAACAACAGCACGUUUUAAUUGGUCUAAGUAGUUUCAUGUCUUUUAAAUCUAACUCACAAUUCGAUUUCGAAGACGAUUAUGUCCCGAUGGAGAGAUGUGCGCAAAUACCGAUUAUAAUACAAUGCCACAGAGUUUUUAAAGUUAGAUUACAAUUAGAUAACAACAGAAAACGUAUUUUAUACCUGAUUGACGAAGAGAACCUUAUGUUAUUUAAUGAAAUGGUUAAAUGGAGAAGAGACAAUUACUCAAAAACAAUGGAAGAUGCAAUCGAUACAUUUGGUGACAAAAAUGAUAGCAAUAAUAAUAGAUCAAAAGUUGGCGAUGCGCUUGCUCGAAUUUUAUAUGAUAAUAAAUUUCCCGAUUUCAUCUUCAAAUUUGAGUCUAAAGGGUCUACAGAUACUACAGAUGAUGCGAAUAUAGAAAUAGGUGAAAAAUUCAAGUCUUUAGAUCAGGCGCGUCGAAAAUUCGAGUUACUUCUCUUGUUAUCAGGUUUAUUUGUUGAGCGUGAGAUUACUAGAGAUUUUACAUAUGUCAAAAUAUGGACUCCUUUUAAGAAGCUCUGUGAAGCUGCGGAAGAAAUAUGUAUUAGCAAGGAACUUGAUCCAAGAGCAAUACCAAAUGAGAACGACGUCAACAAAGAAAAACAUAAAACCAACAAAAAAUUAAUUGACAACAUUUACAAAUUUUUAUAUCAAAACAUAACACCAUAUUUUGUUUAUAAAAUAAAGCUUGACAAAAGAUUAUCUUUCUUUCAUGCAGAACAAUUGGAGAAAUAUAAAGACGCAUAUGAAUAUAAAAAUUACAGCGAUAUUGCAUUACAUUUUUGGAACAGUUCAACCCGCAAUUUAUUGACAUAUUAUUUCAUAACCGAUGCAAAUAGAAUUAUGCCUGUAAUAGAGGAUAUAGUACCAGAAACCUUACGUCUAAGAUCCUGGGGAUUUGAUAAUUUAAUGCAAAAAAAUGUAUAUGAUGCUUUUUAUCCUCUGCAUGAUGGGGAAAUACAAGAUCAAACAUUCAGAGAUCCAAAUAAUAAAAAGGAAAAUCUAAGAGCAAAACUUUUCAAUAAUUGGAUUAAAAGUUUAAAAAGACAACCCCUAAGUGAAAUCAGAGAAUAUUUUGGUGAAAAAAUAGCAAUGUAUUUUGCAUGGCUUGGUUUAUAUACUUCAUGGUUAUUUGUAGCUUCUAUUUUUGGAAUCAUCACCAUUAUCUAUGGUAUUAUAGAUUUCGCAACGACCCCAGAUAAUUUUAGCAAUGGUGUUCCAAAAGUUACUAAACUUUGGGAUAAUGCAUUUACUGUUGUAUUCGCUUUCUUCAUGUCGAUUUGGGCAACUUGUUUUUUGGAAUCAUGGAAACAUUAUAAUGCUGCUCUUGCUCAUGAUUGGGGUGUUACCCGCUUUAAGGAAAAUAUACUUAUUGUUAUUGCGGCAACUGAAACCCUUUUAUUGCUUUCGAAAAAUUGGUUUGGAAAAUAUGGUGUUUUGGGUAGCUUUAUCUCGAGUAUUAUCAAUUUAGGUGUAGUCCUUAUCUUAAGUCCGACUUACAAGAGACUAGCUAUAAAACUUACUGAGUUAGAGAACCCUAGAACUGUGACAAGCUUUGAAGAUUCUCACAUUUUAAAAGUUUACCUUUUCGAUUUCGUCAUCUUUUAUGGUGCGCUAUUUUACAUUUUAAUAGUCAAACAAAAGUUUGCCGGUGAAAUUCUUCGCAUAUCUGAUUAUGAAGGAUGCAAAUAUAAUAGUUGCAUGGUAGAGCUUACUAUACAACUCGCCGUUAUUCUUAUUGGCAAGCAAACUGUAGGUCAGUUAGAAGGCCUUGUAUUACCACUGUUUAAAAAGAAAUUUGAUCCGAUUAUGAACUCUUGGAAAAAGAAGUUUAAUUCGUUUAUAAACUAUUGGAAAAAGAAAAAAUCUUCUCAAAAUGAACUCAAUGAAGAAACCAAAAAAGUCCAGAAUGAAGAAAUAGAAGUCGUGGAAGUUUCAUCUUCCAAAGAUGAACCAAAUGAAUCAUAUCCUUGGAUUCUAGAUGACCAGUUGUUGCCAACUGAUAAAGAUGAUCUUAGAGAGGAUUAUGAGCAAAUGGCUAUUCAAUUUGGUUUUAUUGCUCUUUUUGCUGCUGCUUUUCCUUUAGCACCAUUAUGUGCUUGGUUUCAUAAUAUCAUUGAGAUUCACAUGGAUGGUUAUAAGUAUCUUAAGCUUAAAAGGCGAACAAUCAGCUCACUUGCACAAUCUAUUGGAAUGUGGGAUAAUAUUAUUUACAUGAUUUCGAUCUUUUCUGUGCUCACUAAUGCUUCAAUUUUAGCAUUUCAUUCAAAUUAUAUGCAAAGUGUAUUUAAAAAGUAUGCCGGAAAUGACGAUUCGUUCUUACUUAUUAUUCGUCUGGGGUUUAUUUUAAUAUUUGAGAACAUUGUUUUCCUCGUCAAGUUUUUACUUUCAUAUCUUAUAUCUGAUGCGCCAACCGCUGUUAAAUUAGCGAGAAAACGCCGUGAAUAUUUGGAAAGAGUUGCUAUUGCAAAGAGAGAUCUCGCCGUCAAUGAAUACUUUGAAAAUGAAGAAAAUGAAUUUUUAGAGGCAGCUAAAAAGAUAGUAUAUGGAUACGAUGUCGCAAGAUUAAAUCAGAGUUUCAUUCAAUAA